GUUUAUAAAAAGAAAUCAACAGAAGGGUUCGAAUCACUACCUUACGUGGUUGCCCUAGUGAGUGCGAUGCUAUGGAUCUAUUACGCCACUUUAAAACCCAAUGCUUUCCUUUUAAUGACCAUAAACUCCAUUGGUUGUGUUGUGGAAACCAUUUACAUCAUCGUCUUCAUCGUUUAUGCUCCCAAGAAAGCUCGGAUAUUGACAUUGAAGUUGCUUCUGGUAUUCAAUAUGGGAGCUCUUGUUUUGGUUCUUAUCACACAUUUCUUUUCAAAAGGGAGAAGUCGAAUCCAUGUUAUUGGAUGGUCAUGUGUGGUGACAUCGGCUGCUGUUUUUGCAGCUCCUUUGAGUAUAAUGAGGUCGGUCAUUCACACCAAAAGUGUGGAGUUCAUGCCAUUCACUUUAUCAUUUUUCCUCACCUGCAGCGCCAUCUUGUGGUUGGUUUACGGACUACUUCUUAAGGACUUCUAUAUAUCUCUCCCAAACAUUGUGGGAGUUGUUCUAGGAACAAUCCAAAUGCUACUGUAUGUAGUCUACAAAAAGUUCAAUAACAACAUUGCCAAAGACCAUGAAAGGAAGCAACCGUCGCCGAUUGUGAACGGAAAGAACAUCAAUCAUAUCAAAGCUUCAAAUAUCCACAGUUCGUCCCCGCAAGUUUCCGGUGACAUCGAAGUCGGUAGAGAUGAAAAUUUGUAUGGCCCUCAGUUAGAACAUAGUGAUGAUGGAGUUUGAAUUUGCCUUAAUUUUACAUUGUUACCCAUUAUAAACAACUUUUAAAGAUAUUAAUAUGUAAGUAGAGCCAAAUUAAGGCAGGAGCAACCAUUGAAAUGAUUGGACUCCUGGUUUUUUUUCUUUGCCAUUGGAAAGAAAAUUAAAGAUUGGAGGAUGCUUGGACUCUGUAACAUCUCCCAACUGCAAUUGAUAGUUAUAUUUACAAUUAUUC